AGGACUAGGAUAUGCACUGCUCUCCCGGCCUUGGUUCCCGGUAUAUAAGCUAUACUAGACUCCAACAACAGCACAUUGGUCUCAGUGUCUGGUCUCACACAGAACAGCAACAUGAAAGUCCUGGUUGUGUUGUGCGCCGUGUUGGCUUGUAGCCAGGGAUUCGUACCGUUGGUGUACCCAGUGCCACACCACUACGUACCAGCCCCGGCACCCCCGCCUCCAGCACCCACGCCGCCACCACCUCCACCAACCACGCCGCCACCACCCGAUGCACCGGCCGUCAUCUAUGCCGCCCCCGCACCCAUCGUCAUCAGGCCGCCACCUCCACCACCACCCCCACCAGCACAUGUGGUGUACUCGCCCUACUACUUCAAGCCUGCCCCACCACCCCCAACCACUCCAGCCCCACCACCACCAACCACUCCUGCUCCACCGCCUCCACCUCCACCUCCACCGGCACCACUGCCUCUGCCCGUGAUCUAUGCUGCCCCUCUGCCAGCACCACCCCCACCCCCUGCACCAGCACCCGCUCCAGCACCAGUGCCUGCCCCCCACCCAGCACCACCCCCAGUCACCAAGUACCACGCUCAGGAUGAGUUGGGACAGGCCAAGUACGGACACUCAGAGCCAACUCAGACCCACAACGCAGUCCAGGACGCUUACGGAAACAAGAUCGGCAGCUUCAGCUAUGUUGACACCGAGGGCAAGGUGGUGCGCACUGACUACAUCGCCGACGCGGGUGGCUACCGAGUGGCAUCCAACAACCUGCCCGUCGACCCACCUGCGGUCGCCCACGCCAAGGCAGCCCACUUUCACGAGAUCGCUCUGGCCAAGCUGAGGGGCAAGCGCCACGCCAUCUUCCCUGCCAGCACUGUGCCCCUGCCACCCCCACACCCACUUCCAGUCUACCCUGCUCCAGCUCCAGCUCCAGCACCAGCUCCAAAGCCAGCUCCAGCACCAGCUCCAGCACCACUUCCCCACGUGCCAUCCUCCUACCUGAUCUUGGCUUCACACCCAGCUCCACCACCUCCACCACCCCCAGCACCAAAGCCCGCUCCACCUGCACCAGCCCCCUACGUGUACCCGACACCAGUCAUCUAUGCCGCCCCUCUGCCAGCACCACCCCCACCUCCACCACCAGCACCAACCACCCCAGCUCCACCCCCAGCACCCAAGCCCUACGUGCUGCCCGCUCCAGUUAUCUACGCUGCCCCUCUGCCAGUGCCCCCACCUCCAGCACCUAAGCCAGCUCCACCACCCCCAGCACCAUACGUGUACCCAGCUGCCGCCCUCUACGCGCCACUCCCGGCCCCGGCUCCCGCACCUAAACCAGCCCCAGCCCCCGUGCCAGCGCCCGCUCCCUACCCCGCAGUGCGCCCCGCCAUCCUGACCACCAUCGUCAACAACCCCGGCCACGCUGUCUCCUACAGGGUCGACUAGAUCACACCGGCUGCCGACAAUUCCCCGACCAACGACGUGUUCAGAGCCAGAACCGACCGAGACCACGGCUGGGCUUUAACACCGUUCACCGAGUGAGUGUUCAAUUACGGAAACGACCAACCGAUUUUGCCAUGUGUUCAAGUUUGUUCCUUGUUUUUGUACAUAGCUGCUGAUUAUUGCUUUUUUAUCUUAUUUAAAAAAAUGUAAAAAUCUAAUGUUUUGUUUUUAUACGAUUUAAUAAUAUAUUUUAUAAAAAAAA